UGCACUGCGGGUCGCGUCACUCGGAGCGGCGGGUCCCGGCUCGACAGGUCUCCUCUGCUGGUUGAAAUGUCCAUGAUUUUAUCUGCAUCAGUCAUACGUGUCAGAGAUGGGCUGCCACUUUCUGCUUCUACUGACUAUGAACAAGGCACAGGUGUGCAGGAGUGCAGAAAGUAUUUUAAAAUGCUCUCGAAGAAACUUGCUCAGCUUCCUGAUAGAUGUACACUGAAAACUGGACAUUAUAACAUUAAUUUUAUUAGCUCUUUGGGAGUGAGCUACAUGAUGUUGUGCACUGAAAAUUACCCAAAUGUUCUGGCCUUCUCUUUCCUGGAUGAGCUUCAGAAGGAGUUCAUUACUACUUAUAACAUGAUGAAGACAAAUACUGCUGUCAGACCAUACUGUUUCAUUGAAUUUGAUAACUUCAUUCAGAGGACCAAGCAACGAUAUAAUAAUCCCAGGUCUCUUUCAACAAAGAUAAAUCUGUCUGACAUGCAGAUGGAAAUCAAGCUGAGGCCCCCUUAUCAAAUUUCCAUGUGUGAACUGGGGUCGGCCAAUGGAGUCACAUCUGCAUUUGCUAUUGACUAUAAAGGUGCUGGUAAGAUUUCUUCUGCUCACCAGCGACUGGAACCAGCGACUCUGUCAGGGAUUGUGGCAUUUAUUCUCAGUCUUUUAUGUGGAGCUCUGAAUUUGAUUCGAGGUUUUCAUGCCAUAGAGAGUCUUUUGCAGAGUGAUGGUGAAGAUUUUAAUUACAUUGUUGCAUUUUUCCUUGGAACAGCAGCCUGCCUUUACCAGUGUUAUUUACUUGUCUACUACACCGGCUGGCGGAAUGUCAAAUCUUUUUUGACUUUUGGUUUAAUCUGUCUGUGCAACAUGUAUCUCUAUGAACUGCGCAACCUGUGGCAGCUUUUCUUUCACGUGACUGUGGGAGCGUUUGUUACACUGCAGAUCUGGCUAAGGCAAGCCCAGAGCAAGGCUCCUGAUUACGAUGUCUGACCCCAUCCUUCAGACAUACUGCCCUGGCCUCCGGGGGAAAAGGAGGGAGCGUAUCUUAACUGCCACUGUGAUGAAGAAGCUGUUCACCACCCUCGAGGAGCUCUGCUUUCUUUCUCGCCAGCUGUCCUUUUUGUUUUAAGUCCGCAUGGCAUGCCUGGGAGCGUGCAGCACCCGCUAGGCAAACUCCUCAUGUUAGUCGUGGGAUUAUUGUUCAGAGGAGGAGGAGGCUUCUCUCUCCAGGGCCACGAUCGUGGAAGAACAGUCAGAAGCCAUUUGGAGACUUGGCCAGCGGUCCUGACUCCUUCUGAAGAGUUCAAUCAAAAAAUGUGUCUGGUACAUGCUCUGAGGACCAAGCGGGAACUCUACAGUCUGGGUUCGCCUUUGUGAGGCAUGAGUAUAGCCCAAAUAAAAACAUGCCGUGGAGUUUGUGUUUAAAACAACUUGCUAAAUAUCACAUUAUUUGCACACUUACAGUACCCUGAGUUUAUGAAGUCCAGGAUGGUGUGGAAUUGGUUCUUUUUUUUUUUUUUUUGCUUGAAUCCUAACUCUGGAAAGCACUUGAUAUAGGAAAAGGCUUCUUAUGAGCUUAUCUCUAGAACAUCACAAGUAUUGAGAACAUAGUAACAUAUGUUUCCUUCCUAGACCGUGUCUGUAGUUUCUUUUGAAAUCACUUCUUAAACAUGGAAUUUGUUAGAUUAUAGCUAUCGUUCCCCAGACUUCAAUCACUUGAGUAUUAACAUAUACUAUUAUUUUUAGUAUUCAUCUUUUAAAUCUUAAAAUAGUUUAAAGACAAACUAAUCUCUACUCCCAAGAGAAAAACCAGCAUCAAUUUACCAUGAGUUAACUACAAAAUAAAACAAAAACUGUUAUUAAAUUCUAAGUAGAUACUAAUGCCGCCCCCCACCACCACCAAGGCUCUGAAUCUCUGAAGCCUGCUCUUUGUUGCAGUGAGAGAGAUCUUACCCAGUAUGAAAAUGGGGCUCUCUCUGUGGAAUUAUCAGAAGGGUAAAACUGUAAAGGGAAUGACAUUUUCACUGUGAUUCUGCAUUAUUCACUUCUGUGUUGUAUACCGCCUAAAAUCCCCUUGUGUGCUGCCAGUGUUGUGGGUCGUGCUCUCUGGAAACAGUGACCUGUGCUAAGAAUCAGAAGGUGACUUCUCCCAUCAGCUCUUUCUAUUUUGUGGCCUCAAAGAGUUCAGCACCUAGUAUGUUAGGGAAUUUGUUUGCUUUUUGAUAAUAAUAAACGUUCAAGCAGUUAUGAAUUAAUAAUAUAGGAAGCACAGUUUGAUUCCACUAGCAAAAUCUGCCAACUCUCUGGUUUUGGAAGGUACCUUCAUUAAUUAUUUUCUUUUGUUUUUUAAAGAAAAGAUUAUAAAAGUAUAUAUAUAAGGUACUAAAAUUUGAUAUCCAGAAAAUAAUGGACCCGUUACAUAUAAUUCAUGUUACUGGGUGUAUUUAUUAAGCAGAAUAGUCCAGAGGGGUAAAGUUGUUGAACUACCAUGUUUGCCUGAACCCAUAUUAUGUAGGUAUAUCUGCGACUGUAAAACCUUGCUUAACUAGAAGUUUUUGUUGCACUCCCCUUUUAGGAGAAUGAGGCAAAAGGAAGACAAUAAGCUUGUAAUAUCAGGGAUUUAUUUAAAACAGGAAAUUCCAUUUCAGUUUUCUGCCUCUAGCAAAACUGCACAGAAAUUAUGUAUAUUCUAGAGCUACCCCAAGAUAUACUACAUGAUAUUAAAUCAGCAAAAUCAAGUUGAUGUAUGUUUGUUAUUUUGUACUUUUUUACUGAGCCAGGAAAGUGAAGUAGUUCAGUUUAGAAAGCUUUUUCUGAACUAAAGGUUGAAACAAGAAGAGUUCUCUUGUAAAUAGCCAGCUAACCAAGAGGAUGGAGCAUUCUGCGAUUUUACUAUAUAUAUUGACACUUUAUGGCUCGCUUACCAGUUUGGUUCAAUUUGGUUCUUAUUGAAUUAUUGAAUUAUAGUGUUUGGUGUUUGGAGCAUUCAGCAGAGACAUUUUAAAAUUCACCAGCUGUCUUUAAAGGCUUAAUUUGUUUUUUGUUUUUGUUUUGUUUUGUUUUCAUUGCUCUUUUGGAUAAUGGGAUGUUUACAUCUUAAUGUAAAAAAAUGAAAAUAGGCAUAAAUAAUGUUUAUGUAUAGAAAUGCUUUCUUUCAUUAUUUGGUGUCUGCAUUGCUGAGUGUUUAUAUAACUUCUCUGUCUCUGAUGUUGCCAAAGAAACUAUUAUGAAUUUGGAAUGAAAAAUUUUUGUCAUGAA